UCACCACUUCACAGUUCACUCCACUCGACUCCAGACUUGCAAACGAUCCAUCAAAAGACACUUCCAAAGAAACUCAAGGACCCCGUCAACGAAACGAACGAAGGAAGAAUCAAGGAAAGAGAUGGAGGAAGAAGAACCACGAUCGAUAAUGGAUCUCCCAGCGAUCCGGGAAUUCGAUGCGUUCCCAAAGACCCUGCCCAACUACAAACAACGCUCCAGUCGAGGAGGCGUCUUGACCGUCUUCGUGGCCUGCCUCAUCCUCGUCCUCAUCUGGCACGAGCUGAAGGAAUAUCUCUUCGGCGAACCCAAGUAUUCCUUCCUCGUCGACCCCUCUAUCGCCCAUUCUCUCGGCAUUAAUAUCGAUCUUACCGUCGCUAUGCCUUGUCAUUACCUUAGUGUGGAUAUCAAAGAUGCUGUUGGCGAUCGGAUGUACAUGAACCAAGAAUUUAAGAAAGAAGGUACCCACUUCGAUAUAGGUGAUGCCAAGAGAAUCGAUCAUAAUAACUCGACAUCAGAGCUUUCAGCGACCCAAAUCCUGCAUGCCUCGAAGAAAGGCCAAACGUUUGGGAAGACCCGACCAUUAGUACCCGACGGGCCAGCCUGUCGGAUUUACGGCAACACCCAAGUCAAGAAAGUCACUGGUAACUUGCACAUCACUACUCUAGGACACGGCUACCUUAGUUGGGAACACACCGACCAUAAACUCAUGAACUUGAGCCAUGUGAUCACUGAAUUCAGCUUUGGACAGUUCUUCCCAAAAAUCGUUCAACCGCUGGAUAACAGCGUAGAACUUACCGAUAAACCCUUCCAUAUCUUCCAAUAUUUCAUUAGUGUGGUACCCACUACUUAUAUUGAUCGAUUAGGCAGACAACUGCAUACUAAUCAGUAUUCAGUUACUGAUAUGUCUCGUCCAGUUGAACAUGGUCAAGGAAUCCCUGGGCUUUUCUUCAAGUAUGAUAUGGAACCGAUGUCAUUAAUUUUACACGAAAGAACGACCUCAUUGAUCCAAUUUCUAGUCAGAUUAGCAGGGAUGAUCGGCGGGAUAGUGGUCUGUACUGGAUGGACGUUCCGCUUGGUCGACAGAUUCGUCCAGAAAAUCGUGCCCGGAAUCAUAGAAGAGGAGGAAAAAGAGGGACUGUCGCAGUCGGAUUAUUCGCCGCUUCCUUUCGUCUCGCCUCUCGUCAAAAAUAAUCACUCUUCGUCCAGAAGAACUUUGAAUUGACUUGUUUUAUAUAUGUAUAUAUCCGCACAACCAAAAUUCGAAUUUUCUUACUCUCUCUCACAAUCAAAAAUACAUAGAUUAAUAUCUGUUCAUUAGAAUCAAAAACUCCUAAAACUUUUUUUUAAUUUCUCUUCUUGUAACUUGGCAUCAUUUUUAAUUUUCUUUUUCAAUUCUCAAUAGUCAUACCAGUUUCACGAAAUGCAUCCAGGAUAAACGACAACCAAGGCUGGAGAGUAUUUGUGUCUGUGUUAGAUAUUGUAGUGAUCAUAGAAGUCGAAGUAGGCGCAGUAGAAGGAGAAGAAGGAGAGGAG